AUUGUUCGAAAGCAGGAUCCGCCAAGAACCAGGAAUAGAUUUGAUUCCAUUUUUGUAUUGAGAUCCCCAUCACCACUGAAAGGCAAAACUGAAAGAAAGAUGACAGAAGCCCCUGAAGGAGAGACUAUGGACCGCAACAGCAGCAAAAACAACAAGCCCAAGAAGAAGCCCCCAAAACCCAAGAAUCGCAAAGAGGCUCGGGCCAUCGAGUUGCAGAAGAAGGUUCAAGAAGAACGGCAACGAAAGAACCCAAAUGGUGAAGUCAUACCCAACAAUAAAGAGCAGCAAGAAGAGCGAUGGUGGGAUCCAUGUGUAGAGACAGUUGGACAAAGCUUUUGCUACUGUGGAGGAGGACUUUGCACGCUUGUUUGCCUUCCCUUCCUUCCAUGCCUUGUCUGCCUUGACUGCCUCAAUAGAUUCUGUUGUGGAAGUUCGAGAUAAGCUUCGUAGAACAGGCAAACAAGAGAAUUCAGUGGCAGGUCAGCAAGAAACUCGGUACUCAACAUACAGGCACCACGACUAAUUCGUUGUCUUGUUCCUACUAAGCCCAAUGUGAGAGGAGGAGAAACACUGUAUCAGCUAAGUGGGGCUGAAUGUAGCUGGACAUGUACAGUCGGAUUUUGAUGCAGUUGUGAGGUCCCUGAUGAUUACAUUCAGAUGAUUUGGUUUGGUUUGGAAGGAAGCAGUUGACCGCUCUAGUAGCUUCAGAACUUGGGGAGCCGCAAAAGUUUCGGCCGGCCCAGGCGCAGGCUGAGGUUACUACUAAUUUGUCAAAAGUCCGAAACAACUAAAAACUUGUUGAGUGGAGUUCCUCUCGUGCCCAAGCAGUGGAUAAUCAACUCUCCUUCUCCGACAAAGGGACCC